AUGAGCUGGGAGCAAUACCAAAUGUACGUGCCACAGUGCCAUCCGUCGUUCAUGUACCAAUCCGUCGGAUCUAUUCAGUCUACUAUGACUACUCCACUUCAAAGCCCCAACUUCUCUCUGGAUAGCCCUAAUUAUGCCGAAAGUCUUUCGUAAGUCAAAAGCAAUAGUUGAUUUCACUUGCGUCUGUUUCAGGAACGGUGGAGGUAAGGAUGACAAGAAAAAGUGUCGCCGGUACAAAACUCCGUCCCCACAAUUGCUCAGAAUGAGAAGAAGCGCCGCCAACGAGAGGGAACGCAGGAGAAUGAACACGCUCAAUGUUGCUUAUGAUGAGGUUAGUAGUCCAGUGCACACAUUAUGUGAUUCUCGAAUAGAAACCCGAACACGAGCAUUUGCCAUUCAUCCCCAUCACAAAUUCAAAAUCAUAACCAAUGGUAGGGGGUUACUGUAGAAGUCAGUAAGCCUGCCUUGAAGGACGUGUCUGGUAACAGAUGUUAUCCCCCUUCCACCACCAGAAUCGUUUACCUCACUACUACCAAUUUUGCCACUCAAUUUAUGACUGUCCAUUUGAAAUUUAUAUGUCCCUCAUUUCAGCUCCGCAUGGUUCUGCCGGAAAUCGAUUCGGGAAAGAAGCUGUCCAAGUUCGAAACUCUUCAGAUGGCACAGAAGUAUAUCGAAUGUCUCUCGCAGAUUUUGAAACAAGGCUCCAAGUCCGAGGAGAAGGCCAUUAAAUCCGGUUGA